CUCGACCUGUCCAUCACACUACAAAACACAUAGUACGACUCUCGCUUCUUGACCUCUAGCUUACUCUUGCGCUCCAACCACUCACUCGGCAUGUCCGUCUGAGACAGGAUCCAUCGUCACCCCACCUCGUCGCCGCGGAGCGUAGGUCAUCGAUCAACAUCCGGGAAAGGAACCUCGAGAACGAAAAGAGAAGAUAGGAUGUCGGCCCUAGCGACCUUGCAGACCCCCACCAGGAACCGAGCUCGAGUAGGAGUACACUCGAACGGGCAAGAUGAUGGAUACUUCACCCCGACUUCGGCGCAUAUCAGUCGAUUUGCCCGAGGCAAUGGGCAGGUUCAGGUGGGGAUCCCGUUCGUACUCCCCAGCGUCAAGGUCCGAACCACACUCCUUUCCGAUGAAGCGGGUCUCAAAUCGGCCAAUACGAACGACAGCAAGCACAAAGCUUCGAAUUUGAACCGCGCUGAAGAGGGGCAAGAGAAAGAGAAUGACGAGAAUCAACCUCAUCAGCAUGUCUACUCCAGGGACGAACAUCAACAGCAUUCAGCCCCUGCUUCCCCUCUCCGACAAUUCUGGACCUCUACCUCUACCAACACCCAGAAACCCUCAUCUGCAACCAAGUCGACUUCGAGGAUGGGAAGGAGAUCGAUUACGUUCCCCGGUACCGGUGUAUCUUUGAUCGAGAAUGGGUACGGUCUUGGAAGGGAGAUGUAUAUGGAGAGGGAAGAGACGGUCGCAGGAGGGUCGCCGGGUAGGAGGAAGAGGAUCAACUCUGAUCGAUCGAGUUCGGGCUCGCGUCCUACACAAAUUGGUCCAGGGACGGUGACGAGAUCCCCCUUACGUGCCAUCGGAAUCAACACCAACAGACCUACCUUCCUUGAUCCUCCGGGAACACCUACCCCUACCCGUUCUCCUACUCCUUUUUCCCAACAACAAUCACGAUCAAUACCACAAAAUACCCACUCCCACACCUACAAUAACAAUACCGACAACCACCCCCAAGCCCAAAUUCAACCUCAGCCGAACGGGCUCUCCCUAGCUCCGCCUACACCUUCAGGCGGACUGAGGAGGAAAUCAAAGUUCGUAGCUAGGAUGUCGUUGAAGUCGGGUUUGGGCGGGGAGAAGGGGUCGGUUCAGGGUCAGGAUCGACCGAGAAUCGAUGCUGGAAUCAACGAUGAUGAUGUCAUGGGGGGCGGAGCGGAUACGGAACUUGACGGUGAAGGUGAUGAUGAGGUGGAUAGCGUAGAACGCGGGGUGGUGAGGAUCGGCAGUUGGGUGACAGAGGCGUUUGGGGAUGACGAGGACGCGUUGGUAGGGGCAAGUCAGGGUUGCUCGACAGCGAAAGGAGGAUCUCAGCGAGAGGACCCGGUUGGCGCUUCUCAGGACGUUGCGGCGGCAUCACAGACUAUCAGGAAAGAGCUUACUCCGCCCACGACUGGAUCGACGGGCAAUUCGUUGAGACGCUCAGCGAGAUUAUCAGCGGGGAGGUUGUCUGCAUCUGCUUCACCUCGGCCUGAGCACGGGAACGAUCCUUUCGAGAUCUCGAACGAUUCGUUCGUCUCGGCCGCUUCGUCCAGCUCCACCAGCAAGACCAAGUCCAAACGGGUUACCGGCAAUGGGCAACAAGAUUUACCUCUACCUUCAUCUGCCAAACCCGUCACUCCGAAACCAGCUGCGAGACGCAGGAAACGGUCGUCUGACGUGGCUGCUGUCAUUGCCGGCUCGGUCGGGAUGACAAACGAAUCCCCAAACCCGAGAGCCAAGAAGAACGCUAGGAAAUCGGUGCUCGUCGUAGAGAUCCCGACGUAUUCAGCGAGGAUGGUAGGUAGUCCCAUGCGUGGGGUUGUCAGGACGUCCGGGAACAGUCGAUCUUCGACGGAUCCGGUCACGCCUCAACGACCCGCGCCGAGCAAACGAUCCGCACCGGCCACAGACAGGCCGGCUGGUAAGGAUUCUCGUCGAUCUGGCAAGUCUGGGACGGACUCUCCACCGGCAUCCCAAGGCCGGUCGACGGGCAAGGGGAGGAAAUCCCUAGGAGCCCAGUUCGACUCGGUACAGCAAGGCGAGGACAGGAGAAAGACGGGCCCGAGUAAGCGGAGAAAGGGGAGGAAAUCGUUAGCCCCGGCGCACGUCGUCGAGAAUCUUCAUGCCGUGAUGGAUCAUCCGUUGAGACCGAGCAGCCCGAGUGAGGACGUCUUGCUGCUGGUAGGUACCGAACAAUCACCCACUUCCCAUCGCCGGUCACGAAAAUCGCAGUCGAAAACGCCUCGACCGGGAAGGGAGGCAUCGCAGAGGAAGGGCAAGCGACCGGAGUCAGAGCUUGAGACGGAGGCUGGGUCGUCUCCUCCAAUGAGUCGGUUGGACGAGACCAGGGACAGAGAUCAGUUUGAUAGCGUAUCUGAGCAGGUCCAAGUGGACCAGCAGGAUGUACGAGCUGAGCGCACGCUAUCUCCGGCCCCGCUACGUGACGAUGCUCCGCGAUCGAGCAGUCCGGCGUAUCCCCAGUUCCGUGAUUACUCGCCGCCGAACGAAGAGAACUGGCAAUCGCUCGACUUCUCCGGAUUCGGGGAAGGGGUGUGUGACUCGAGUCCGCCUGCUCGGAUGGCUUCGUCGAAUCCACCCAAGCAGCGGAUCGAGCCUCAUCUGAUGGACUUUACCCAGGCUACCGCUUCGACGCCACUCAGGACCCCUCUCAGCAAGCGACGAAUCUCUACCCCUCAUCACAAGCCUAUCGCCAGCAGCCCGCCUGAGAACGUUGAAGCGGAUUGCACCGGUCCCCACUCGGAGCCUGUCUGGGAGGAUGUAGAAGAAGACGCCCACGAGGAUUGUGCCUCGGAAGGAGAGUUCAUGGCCAACGAUCGUGACUCAAGUCCCGAAUAUCAAGAUGCAGAGGACAAGACGGCGCAAGAUCAAGAUGUGACCAAUACCGUUCAGGCCGAUGGUGAUACAACGCUUCCUGCGGAGGAUGAAUCCGAGGAGGAGGAAGAACAAGAACAAGAAGAAGAAGCUGAGGGAGAGGAGGAGGAGCACAGUCAGGAACAAAUUGGAGGGAAUGAUGCACAUGCUCAGGAAGCCCCCAUAACGCAACGGACCGCGAACAGCGAAUACGUCACUAUCAGGACCGUAGUCGUUAAGACAGAGGACAACGCAGCUGAAGCAGAUCCCGAAGAUCGCGAGUCACUGACUCAUGAAGAGGAAACUGAGGAAAUCGCCGCAUCAUCCGAAGUUGCGGUCGCAAGGGAGACCUUCGAGACAGUCCAGGUGACGCAGACCAUCGCGAUCCGCCCUGGGGAGGAACCGUUGGCCACCUCAGCCAGACAAGCUGAUGUACGGGCUGAUCCUGUUCUUGCGGACCAGGAUCAGCAAGGUGAUGGCUUAGUGGAAGAUGAUGCGCCUAGAUCGGAACAUGAUGGCUCGAGAUCGCACCAAUCAGAUUCCGAAGGCCCAUAUGACGAACCACCUCAUGUCGAAGUCGAAAGAGCAUCGCCCGAAUCACGUUCAGAACACGACGUCGACGAAGAGACCGAGAUCUCACUGGAAACUGCCCGGGGGACAGAAUCGGUGCAGACGGGGAUUGACAACGAUUACACUAGGGCACCCAUCGUGAUUUCUAGCCAGGACCCUAGAGCGGCUGCACUAGCUGCUGCUAUCCUUCGCAAGAGCCGACGUUACAUCGAGGCGGAAGCAGCGCCUCCUUUGGAAGGUACACAGCAGGAAAACAAGCUCAAACGUCGUCGGAGCGAAUACUUUGUGACCGCGGAAUCUGCAGCUGCUCUUACUCCGAGUGAAUUGCUCAGAGAAGCCGAGGUGGAAUUGAUGGAUGAUGAGAGCGGGUAUCGCCGGACCAAGGCGUAUGUGGAAAAGACCACCAUCGCUCAAGCGAACGACGGAUCUAUGGCAGGCUCAAGCUGGACUCGUGACGACUGGUCCGUUCUCAACCGUUGCUAUAGACGGGUCAAGAGAGCGUCUCACCAAAAGGGCAAAGCCAGAGAAGGCUUGGGUGGUGAUGAUAUCGACGUGGACGAGGUCAUUGACGCGUUCGUCUUCAAGAAGGGGAUCACACAAGAGGAACUGAAAGGCGAGAGAUGGGCCAGAGCUGAUCUUGUCACUCGAAUCAACAAGUUGCACCGCAACGCGCAACUCAGAUCUGCCGACUCUUUUGCCGAAUCCCUGAGCUCGACUGAACGAGGUUCCAUCACGGCUGAACCAGGGCCUUUGUCGCCCAUUAUGAAGAAAACACGAACCAGUGAGGCGAGCUCGCGCCCUACCAAGGUGGAAAUACGUCGCGAGAAGGAUGGUUCCGAGUCGUCCACUGGUAGUGGUUGGUGGGGCUCGAUGAGCAAGACUUGGAAGCGGAUUAAGAGCAGCGUUUCGCUCGCAUCGAUGGCGCAGGAAGAAGAAAAUGACAUCUCGUCCGAUCGCGAAGAGGAGAAGGAAUCUGCGGAAGUGUUUCGUUCAAGGGAGAAGCCAGAAGAGCAGGACAGACGAGACAGGCCGAUGGCCCCCAAGCCUCGUCGAGCGCUUCCAGGCGGACUGACUUCUCUACCAAUCGACACGCCUAUCCAUCCCGCCGCCUUGCGCAGUUCAGGCCUUGGUUCUAUUAACUCGCCUUACUUGGACAAGGUCCCUCGCGCCAACCCGAACGCCGUUGCUUCAACUUCAUACAGAGGCAUAGCUCCGCCAUCCGAGAUGAAGCAGGUCGGCGAUCGAAGCGUCACUACCUCGACCCGGUUGCCGCUCGAGGGUUCGGCCUCUCAGCGAUCCGCAGCGUUGCAGGCGCUCUUUUCCAGCGGGGCACCCAGCCCUCAUUUCCCCGCCAUCCCGGCCCAUCUCGUCAAGAACGUCAAUGUUCGACCUUCUCCCCUGUCUCAAUCUCAAAACGUCAAGCAUAGCCUGGACGGACGGACAUCGAAACAACCUAUCGACAUUCCCCGUAUGGAUGAGGAGACCGGGACCGCUUCGCCGGCCGUAAGCGAACUCGUCACUUCGUUUGAAGAGGUGGCAAAACGGUCCAGAAUAUCCGCGGUCUCUACCGAGGCGGACGUCUCGCUGGAACUCGGUGGUCAGAGCGGCAUGCGGCGGGUGAGCAGUAGUGAUGAUUUCAAAAGGAGGAGCGCGAUGUUGAGUGGAUCGUUAUCGCUGGGGAAGAAGCGGUGAACGUGGUAGAGGGGAUAAUCAACGCAAUAGAAAUUGGUUCAAUUUGGGGUGGAUUCUGACGAUGAUCCUAACGACGUACUUCUGGAAACGUAACGAACAAGAACAGCUCUUCGAUUGACCGGGCAAGCUUUAAAUAUAUAAUAGAGAAAGCAGCGACCGUGGUGAUAACAGAUUCGCUUUGUUGUAAUAUAUCGACGAUUUGACGACCUUUCUUGUUUGAAGCCAAUAAUAUGACGAGAGAUCAAUCGACUGGG